AUGUCCUUUGUAAUCAGAGUCCUCCAAUCGUGGCCCCGUAUGAUGGCAGGCCCUGUCGUUGCGCGGUUUCCCCCCAUCAUUCAUCAUCUGCAGGUCGCGCAGGGUCUGCCGCUUCCACUGGCUCAGUGCAGCACUCUACUGAAAGCGUGGAUGGCAUCUGAUGGCAGUGGUAGAGCCCUAGUGCAUGAUCUUAUCAAGCUGGAGGUGACAAGAUUACUACAGCAGUAUCAAUCUUACACCGGGACUAAUCUCCUUGCUGCAACACAAUCACUUCUCCUUCUCGCGAUAAUUUUGUUAUUUGGAAGCAACAAGACCCCAGCAGUAUCACCUUCAGAGGGUGCACAAAUUCUCGUCGAGAUGUGGGAUGUUAAACAUCGGCUUGCCAACACUGGGAUGUUUCUUAAAGAAGAGAUAGAUCAUGUUUUGCCUACGUGGGAAGACUGGGCCAUCGUAUCCGCCAAACGACGGACAAUUCUUGCUCUACAUCACAUUGAAUGGGUAUGGUCACUGCUCCAAGGAUAUCCCAUUCUGACCUGCUUUGAGCUGGCUCCAUUGCCGGCCCCAAGCGCAGGAUACCUCUGGUCAGAGAUAGAUGAGGCAUGUUGGAAUCGCCAAUAUGUCGAUUGGCUAGCUCAUUGA